CGUAAGCGAGCCGUGACAUCGUGAACGGUUCGCAGCUUCCGAACGUGCUCCACUCAAUACUUAGGGCAUUCGAUGAUUACGCGCUACAUUGACCAUUUGGUCGCGUUUAGAAACUUGACAAAUUAAAGUAUUUUGGUUUUUGAAUCAUCACGCGUCAGCGACUGUUGAUCUCGGACUGUGUUGAUCUCGAUGUAUGUUUGAGUGAUAUUUUGUGUUGCGGACUUUUUGUGAUUUGCGUUGAUAAGCGUAUGCCGGCGGUUCGAUUCAAUUUAGGUCACGAAGCGAUGGGUUGUUAGGUGCGCGCGCGCAGUCAAAUUUUGGUCUAAGGGGGAAGUGGGGUAGGUUAGUGGUGGGUUGGUUUGUGCGAGGGGGUGUCGGGGUGUGAGGUGAAGUUAGCGGGGUGGCGCUUCACGGGGGCUGGGGGCGGCCGGCGCCGGCGCCCGCGCACGCCGCCACCACGCUGGUCGGCGGGCUGGUUGCGCCGCCGCGGGAACCCACCACGGCGGCAGAAGCUUUUUGGAAGAUGCCUCAUAAAGAUGAACUGAUGCACAGUGCAGCGAUGGGGGGUGGUGCUCUCUUUGGGUGCUCCUCGGCUGGUCACAGCGGCAUCAACCAGCUCGGUGGUGUGUAUGUGAACGGGCGGCCGCUGCCGGACUCCACGCGGCAGAAGAUCGUGGAGCUGGCGCACUCGGGGGCCCGGCCGUGCGACAUCAGCCGGAUACUCCAGGUCUCCAACGGCUGCGUCUCCAAAAUACUCGGCAGCUUCACGCGCAGGUAUUACGAGACGGGGUCAAUCAAGCCUCGUGCCAUUGGCGGCUCAAAACCGCGAGUGGCCACCACGCCCGUUGUCCAGAAGAUAGCGGACUACAAGCGAGAGUGCCCUUCGAUCUUCGCAUGGGAGAUCAGAGAUCGUCUGCUCAGCGAAAACGUGUGCAAUAACGACAAUAUACCUAGUGUAUCUUCAAUAAAUCGGGUGCUUCGAAACCUAGCAUCCCAAAAGGAGCAAGCUGCUUCGGCCCAGAACGACAGCGUCUAUGAGAAGCUGAGGAUGUUCAACGGACAGGCGGCGACUGGCUGGUGGUACCCUGGACUGCCUACUGCACCAGCCGCACCGGCGAUACCAGCACCACUCCCCCCUCAACUGAAUCGGACGGGGAAUAGUGAAGAGCAUAAACGAGAUGCCCUUCAAUCCGAGGCUGGAUCAGACGGGAACAGCGAACACGCGUCGUCAGGAGACGAGGACUCGCAGAUGCGGUUACGGCUCAAGAGGAAACUGCAGAGGAAUCGGACCUCCUUCACCAAUGACCAGAUAGACAGCCUUGAGAAAGAAUUUGAAAGAACCCACUACCCCGACGUGUUCGCGAGGGAGCGGCUCGCUGAAAAGAUCGGAUUGCCUGAGGCACGUAUCCAGGUAUGGUUUUCUAACCGGCGAGCAAAGUGGCGUCGCGAGGAGAAACUUCGGAGCCAGCGGAGGGACGCUCCAGCGGCGUCGCCCCCUGCGCCCCCCGCACCCCGCCUGCCCCUAAAUGGGGGGUUCAACUCCAUGUAUAGUCCCAUACCGCAACCUAUUGCUACCAUGGGUGAUUCCUAUAGUGCGCUUGGUUCCGACAGCUCCAUGUCGGGCGGGCUCACGUCGUCGUGCCUGCAACAGCGUGACGGCGGCUACCCGUACAUGUUCGGUGACGUGCUCGGCAGCGGCGGCUACUCGCGGGCGCCCGCCGCUCACCAGCAACACGCCGCCUACUCACAACCGCAAGCCGCCGCUAGUACUGGUGUAAUAUCGGCGGGGGUGAGCGUUCCAGUGCAAAUACCCUCACAAGGGCCAGACCUCGCAUCCAACUACUGGGGGCGGCUUCAGUGAUCUCAGCUAUUCGGGUUCCCGCAUCGUCUACUCUCGAUGCCUGAGAACCCGACCAAUGUGCCCGAAUCGCCAUCUAGCGGUGAAAUCGCGCACAACUACGCAGAUUUGUCUAUGAACGCUCUAAACAUGACAGCCGGACACGACGCCAAUGUUUUGGCGGCAGAUUUGCAACAAGAACAAAACAAUUCUGUAUCGUAAAACCUUCAAGACUGUAGCGUCAAAUAGGCAUUUGGUUACCAGUGAAUUUUAUUUCCUCAGUGUUUAAAUGGUGCAACAUAAUAAUUAUUUAUGUGAAAAUAUGUCUGCAUUAUAAAUUACGAUACAAUAUUAUUAAAACGCAACUGAUGAUGUUCAAACCUAGUGGUAAGUAAGCGACCAUAAGCAAUGAACCGUGUUACAAAAUUAUUUAUUACUGCAAUUAUUUUCUGUAUUUAGUAGAAAAGAUUGUCUUUAUUAGUUAAAGUAGUCAAAUAAUACAUUUCAUUGCUUGUGCUCCAAAAAAAUAGUAAGCUAGAAAAAAUGAAGCGCAGUUAAUGUACAUAUAGAUAAGCGCCAUCUAUUGUUGAGUAGAGGAAGUUUCGUUACUGCGGACGAAGCAGGAUAGGCGGGAAAAUAAAAUCUAAAUUGUUUGUGCCAACAUUUGUAAUAAUUGAGUAUUAUAGGCCCUUACAAGCACAACCCUUUAUUUCUUUGAUGUAUGUGUUAGGGUGCGAAAUAUUAAUGGUACAGUGGAAAGAACUCGGCAAUAGGCUUCGUUACAGCGAUUUGUUUAGAAUCCCAACCCCUCUUAAACAAAUUGUCGAACGAACUAAUCAUGUUUGUAUAAUUGUAUAAUAAAAUUACAAUAAUUGAUGUUGUAAGCGAUGAUUUGCAGUUUCAUUAUUGAACAUAUACAUACUACAUGAACCUUAAAACGAAUUAAUUUAUUAUAUUUAUUAGUUGUAAGAUCAAUUUUGCUGUGAUUAAAAUGUAGUUUGUAAAUGCGGUUACAAUAUUUUUACCAUGAAACGAAGCAAGUAUUGGAUUAGUUACGUAUAGACAGUACUAACUUAUGUACAAAUUUGUAUAGGUACAUUAAUGGUUACGCGGAGGUAAUAUAACCGUUUGUGUAAAUUAAUUUCGUAUCGAAAUGUUAUGGUGCCAUACAGCACAAUUCAUCUUUUGCAUUUUGAUUGAAUGUAAAAUAAUAUAUUUUGUUUAAAAGUAAAUGAAUGCAAUACGAAGAGGCAUAGAUGAUAGGGUAAACUAUGGUGUAAUAUGUAAAGUAGGUAGUAUUAAGUGUAAAAUAAAUUAUUACUCGAUUUUAAGUGCAUAUAUAGAUGAGAAGAUUACCUACAGUGAAAUUUAUUAAUAAAUAUUGCAUUAACCAUUA